AUGCCUUCGCGUAACGACGCAGAGUCCAAGGUCCGAUCCUGGGGCUUCGGCCAUGUUUUCACUUGGACCGAUGGACCAAACGCCCAUUAUCCGCCACAUAGACACAAUGGCCUAACCACGCAUCUGAUUCUUAGCGGCGAAUUGACCAUCACGUAUCCUGAAGACAAGGAACCGAAAAAGGAAACGUUUGGACCGGGCGCUCGACUGGACGUUGAUGCCAAGAGGCUUCACGAGGUUUGGAUGGGAGAAGGCGGCUGCAAAUACGUUAUUGGAGAAUGA